AUGAGUGAAAGGAUUUAUCCCAUUCCGAUCGACAUCAUUCUCGACAUACUCUCGAGAUCGUCUACUACGUCAAUCGCUAGGUUUGGUCUCUCAUCCAAGUUAUCUCAGUCUUUACUUAGAGGUCCAGAUUUCACCGAGUGGUUCUUGACUAGGCCCUCGACUCGGCCACGUCUCUUAUUCGCUGUAGAAAACUUUGGUAAGUGGCGUUUCUACUCGUCGCCCCAGGACCCAGAUGAGGACCAGUCUCUUGAAGUAUCAGCCGAGUUUCAUAUGCAGUUACCUAAAAACAUGGGACAAGAGGUGUUUGGUCCUGUCUCUGGUUUGCUUUAUUUUCCUAACUUCUGGACAGAUAAAGUACCUGUUAUAUGUAACCCUAUGAUUGGAAUGCUCAAGAGAUUAACUCAAAUGAGGAGUAAGUUCAGUUCGAGCAGCUUAUUAGGUUAUGAUCCUAUUGGCAGACAAUACAAGGUACUGAAGAUAACCUAUUCACGUUAUGGAUCAGAGGAACAAGUUUUGACAUUAGGAACAAGAAAAGUUUCAUGGAGGAAGGUUCAGUGUCCUGUAAUCCAUUACCCGCCUAUAAAAGAAGGGAAAUGCAUCAACGGGGUUUUGUAUUACAUUACAGCUUUCCACUACCAAUACAAGGUUGUGAAAAUAGGUUGCUUUGAUGUUAGGUAUGAAAGGCUUAGGUUUCUUGAAGAAGAUUCUACUACACGGAACAUAUCUUGUUGUUCUUCUCCUAUAAAACUAAUUAAUUACAAGGGUAAAUUAGGCGUGAUUAGUUGGAAUUGGGACAGCAUUAGGCGUGUCUUUGAGUUGUGUUUGUGGAUUCUAGAGGAUGACGAGAAACAAGAAUGGUUGAAACUUGAGUGCACUUUGCCGGUUGUCCCAGGUUUCUUGUCGUUUGCACUUAUGUAA